AUGUUUGGUCUGCAGUUCCCGGUGGCCAGUGGAAGAUGUACACGAGGAGCCUUCAUGACUCUUCUGAAAGUAAAAGAAAACUUCCUAGAGGAGCUGGGCUGUGACUUCAUCUUGGUGAUUGACACUGAAGGGCUGAAAGCUCCAGAGUUGGCCUCUUUGGAGGACAGCUAUGAACAUGACAAUGAACUGGCCACACUGGUGGUGGGGCUGAGUGAUGUCACCAUCAUCAACAUGGCCAUGGAGAACACAUCAGAAAUGAAGGAUAUUUUACAGAUUGUGGUCCAUGCUUUUCUUCGGAUGAAAGACAUUGGGAAGAAGCCCAGCUGUCAGUUUGUACAUCAGAAUGUCAGUGAUGUGUCUGCUCACGAAAAGAACAUGAGACACAGGAAGACAUUUCUAGAACAACUUGAUGAAAUGACAAAAGUAGCUGCAAAUAUGGAGAAGAAAAGUGGAAUUACCUGUUUCAGUGAUGUGAUGAAUUAUGAUCCUGAGGAGCACAACUGGUACAUUCCUGGACUGUGGCAAGGGGAUCCACCAAUGGCUCCAGUAAAC